UUUACGACAGCGGCGUCACAGCGCCCAAAGAGCCAAGCCUAAGCCCGCGCCGAGGCAGCCCAAAAAAACGACCAGAGCCCCACGGAACCACCAUGACCAAGAUCCAGCACGUGCUCCCGGCGACGCCCUUCCGGGGCGAGGUUGUUGUGGAGGACAACAAGCCGCAAGCACCUAAACCACAACCCGAGGAGGAGGUCAAGCACGGGAGAUUAGUAAAGACGCUCAAGCGCCUCGAAGCGUCCGAAGCCAGGAAGGAGGACCGGGCGGCGCGGCGGGAGACGUACCUCGUGGCGUCGGGCGAGCGCGACGCCGCGCUGAAAUUGCUCGAGCAGCGCCUCGGGACCUCGUGCGAGCGCCUCGAGUCUUAUUUAAGGUGUCGCUUCAUGGUCUUCGAUCCGAAGGAGAUCGGCAAGAUCGACAUGGCCGAUUUUGGCGCUUUAUUGGGUUUGUUGAGGGACGGCCGCGACGCCAUGGACCUCGAGAAGCAACUCAUGAUUUUAGAUGUGGACGGCGACGGCAUGGUGAGCUACCUGGAGCUGGUGCGGUGGUGGCUCCGCGAGGAGAAGCUGGAGGGGGAGGCGACCGCAGAAUAAGUAAAACUAGCCCCUCGUUAGAGAGCCUAGCCGCCGCGCGCCGUCGCCGCGGCA